UACUUCCGGUAGGAAAACCGCUAUCUGUCAGAGAAAAACAUCACGGCCAAAUUCCGCUACUCGGACGCACUUCGUACUGCGGACGUCCCCGUUUGCUAGUGACAUUCGGUUGUUGUUGUUGUUGCUGUUGUCUCCGACGCACACACAGAAAAAACAUGGCCGGACAAAGGUAACCGACUCCCCCCCCCGGUCCCUCCCCUCACAACCCCCCUUCCCCGGGCAGAAGCACCGGCGACGGACGCAGAUGGAGAGGCCAGGCAGGCUGCUGCUGCUGUCCGAGCUCCGCGUCGGGAACGCGGCGUGCGACGUGAGCCUGUGCCGGUCUCUGCUGACCUGGAAGAGGCGGAGCUCCUCCGGCCCGGUGUACCACCCGUUCAGACCCAGGUUUUGUGUUCUUUGGUUCCCUUGGCGACCAGACUCAGGUGUGUCACACAGCGUGUCAGUGUCGGAGAUCAUCUCCGUCAGAGAGGAAGAAGAGAGUCGAGGAAGAGACGAUGGCAGCUGGAAAAAGAUUAAAGAAAGAGAAGGGAAGGACUGCAGGCUGGCCUUCACAGUGUUGUACGUGGAGAGGCGACAGCAGCAUCGCUGGCGGUGUGCCGAGGUCACCUUCACCUGUCCAGAGGGGGCGCUGCGUCAGCACUGGGUCGGCAGCAUCAGAGAGCAGCUCGCCGCCAUCGCCAGCAGACCCAAACACCUGCUGGUCUACAUCAACCCGUGCAGCGGGAAGCGGAAGGGGAAGCGCAUCUACGAGGAGAAGGUUGCGCCUCUGUUCGCCCAGGCCGGCGUCGCCACUCAGGUCAUCGUGACGGAGCGCGCCAAUUAUGCGAGGGACCACCUAAGGACGGAGGCGGAGCUAAAGAAGUUUGACGGGGUGGUGUGUGUCGGGGGGGACGGUAUGUUCAGUGAGAUCAUCCACGGGCUCAUCUGGAGGACGCAAAUGGACGGCGGCGUGGAUCCAGACAGUCCGGAUGAAGCGCUGCUGCCCGGCUCGCUUCGCAUUGGAAUCAUUCCGGCAGGUUCAACAGACUGCAUCUGCUUCGCCACCGUGGGCGCCAACGACCCUGUGACCUCCGCGCUGCACGUCAUCGUGGGAGACUCUCAGCCGAUGGACGUGUGCUCGGUCCACCACAACAGCACCUUCCUGCGAUACUCUGUCUCGCUGCUGGGUUACGGUUUCUACGGCGACGUGCUGACCGACAGCGAGAGGAAGCGAUGGCUGGGACCGGCCAGAUACGACCUCUCAGGGGUGAAGAUGUUCCUCACUCAUCACUACUACGAAGGAACGGUGUCGUACCUGCCGGCCAGAGGCAUCAAAGGAACGCCGCGGGACGCAGCCCGGUGUCGAUCCGGCUGUGUGGUUUGUCAACACAAUGGGGAGCAACUUUCAGAGAAACCUGAGCGGUACGAGGUGGACGAGGCAUCGGACAGCGAAAAUGACAGCGAGUGGAGGACAAUCAGAGGGAAGUUCCUCGCCAUAAACGCUGCCAGCAUGAGCUGUGCUUGUCCCAGGAGCCCCAAAGGCCUCUCGCCCGCCGCUCACCUGGCCGACGGCACCACCGACCUCAUCCUGGUCCGAAAGUGUUCGCGCUUCGACUUUCUGAGGCACCUCCUGCGGCACACCAGCAAAGACGACCAGUUUGAUCUGACCUUUGUGGAGGUCCACCGGGUGCGGCGUUUCCGCUUCACGCCGCGUUACUGCCAGAGCAACUCGGACCUGGACAUGAGGGAGAACGGCAAACACCAGCUCUUCAGCCAGAUUUGCCGCGACCAUCCGGCCUGCGGCUGUGCCCCCGCCUACAGCAGCUGGAACUGCGACGGCGAGAUCCUGACCCAUACGGCCAUCGACGUCAGAGUGCAUUGCCAGUUGAUCAAAUUGUUUGCGCGAGGGAUCGAAGAGCCAAUGGUGUUUGAGGACCUCCCCAAUCCUUGUGCAAUAUAAGCCCCGCCCCCUCGGACACCGGGUUCUCCCAGUUAUGCUGUUACUUAAAGAUAAGAUAAGCGGAAGGGAAGCAGACAGGUCUUUAUUUUUAAUGCUCUGACACCCGCAGACAGGAAGUGAGAUUUGGUUUCCUCAAAUCGUCUUUACCAAGCUUUAGAGGUAUUCUCCGGAAUCUCGCUGCUGUUUCAAUGAAAUAAUCCGCGGAAUGAUUGACCUGGAGAGUAAAGUCUCCUCAUUAUAUAGUGUUUUGUGCUGUAGGUCAAAUUGUUUAACGGUUGCCGGGUGUCUGGCGCCGGAUUUAUUUUUGUUAUAUUGACCUGAAGCUGAGCCCUCGAGGUUAGAGUCCCGUCACAGUAACACAAAUCCAGUGUUGCACUAACUCCAGUGUUAAGUAACCCAAAUCCUAGUUGAAUCCAGGUGUGCUAUCUUUUUCUGUUAUAUACUCAACCGAGUCCAGAUGUUUGUGUAGCAGAUAUUGGUCAGCUGUUACGGGCCCUGGUUCUGACUUGACCGUGGACCUGGACUUGGAUCAGAAAACAUCUCUGAGACUAUACGUCUAUGUGGCCUUUUCUAUUUAUUUUAUUAUUUUGUCUUGGUCAAGAAACGUUUUUAUUCUUAAAUCUUCUGACUCGCCACGGUCUCAAAUUGUUUAAUUUCUGCCUUUUUGACCUUGACUUGUCUUGAUUCUGACCAUCAAACAUUGUCAUAAGAGCUCGACACCUAUUUGGACCUCAAAAUUGUAGUUGUUCGAACUUGACUUUCAACAGCCUAUCAACUCUUGAUAGGCUUUUGUUUGUUAUGUUUGUCGUUGUAUGUUUCCAUGUUCUUUAUCAGGUCUGUAGGGUUUUUUCUAUCUUGGGUGCUGCCGAUAGGAACAGACUGGAGUUUCCAUAUUUAUUUAGCUUAUAAAAGAUUAAAAAUGAUUACAAAAGUUGUUUUUUUAACUUGAAAUGAUUGUGGAUCCGGAGUGAUCUGUUACAUGUCAUGUUUUAACCUGCCAGCCAUUCAAAGCCCCCUCCCGUGACAACGUCGAUGAAAGCGCUGCAGAGUGCAGCAUAAACCUCCAAAGAUAAAGAUGGUGCAUGAAACCAAAACGAAUGUACCCUCCUCAUGCCGUUAGCGAGCAGUUAGCACGCGUUAGCAAGAUGUUAGCCGACAUCCAGUCUUUCGAUUAUUGUCUGAGCACGUCGAGGCGUAGACUGACGUAGCCGCUCUGCACACAUCUCCUUCCAUUCUUUACUAAUAUAUAAUAUAGCAGCCCUGCAUUUCCUCCACUAACCCUCUAGAUGGUGAUCACGGUAGUUGAUGUGAUGCCCAAACAUAUUUCAGGGAUGAACCCUCUAGACUAGCGAUCACGUUUCCUCUCCGCGCACGUUGUUGAGCUGGACUCAAACCGACGGAGGAGGAACCCGGUAGCAGCUCCCGGUGCUGGUGAACAACCCCAAUGCGUAGCUGUAGCUUUGGCCUGCACGACCCCGCUGGUCCACAAUCAGCAAAGUCAGUCGAGAGGGAAAACCCGCCUCAACCCGACGCGCACUCAUUCACCGAGUGUGUGUCUCGUGUUGAUUGAUCUCUAAUCGCUGUGUUGAGACAAUCUGAGUCUCAAACCUCCUGUUAAUCGUGUGAACACAAGGUCGACUGGUGAUGGUUAGUUGUAAGAGGAGGAUAAUUAUUUAUUUACAUUUAGCACUGUCAUUAUCAUUUAAUGUGCUUUUAGUAUAUAGUUUUAGUUUUUUGUGAUGGUAGUUGGAGCUGUUAACGCUAGCCUGCUACAAUGGCUUAUCUUACUAUGCCGCUGAGAGCUAGCUGCCGAGCUAACUGGCCGGCUACUAGCUAAUGGCACGUUUCCAAUUCACACAGACCCCUAGAAAAAGGCUCAGUCGCACCCCAAAAAAACUGUGCGCAAGACUUAAUGCCCAUCUAAACAAAAAAUGCUUUUCAAGAAGCUUGGUGACGUAGCGCCGCUAUCUGGCGAGCUACAUGCUAACAGAAAAGAAAAGACAUUGCUUUUGGUCAACCACGGGAGUUUGCAUCAAAGUUCACGAUCAUUGAACUUGACUUGUUGCUGCAAUUCUACUGGAACUAAUUGAUUUGACUGCAUUUAUAAAUGCUGAUGAGGCCGAGCCUUUUCCAUCAGCAGCCAAGUGGGGAAAAACAACUUAAUUUGAAGCCUAGUCUUGUUUAUUUAGGAACACUUGGGGAAAAUAACUUUUUAAAGGCCAUUGUAACAAUAGCGCACAGUCAUACUGCUUCUCACAUUAACGCAUUUGAAUACCCCAGUUCAACACUGUCGAGACGUUUUGAAUGUCGUCUUACAAAUUACAUUCUCUCCAGUUAAUCCACUGAUUGUGUAGAUAUUAAUAGAUUUGAAUUAUAAUUUGCAGUGGUAUGAUUGUACAUCCUUAGCAUGUGUAAUAGCCUUAAUCAUAACAAGUAGUUUGAAGAUUUAACCAAAUCAUCUCUGGUGUUGCAUCAGGUAUUUUACUAACAGCAUGUAGAACUUAGAAUGGAGGGUUACUCUUCCAAAUAAUAAAUCCUUUAAGUAAAUUAACUUUCAUCUUUAAAAUAUGUUGUCAUUAAAAAGUCCAAAUUAUUUUUGCAAAGGUUUCGCUCAGUGAAGCAUUUGUUUUUCCAGAUUUAAAUCUGUAAUUGACGGGUGUUAUAUUUAUUUUCAAGACUACGGUUUAAUCCGUGGAACUCUAGUUUGAUCCAAUGUGUCUGCUCUCAAGAUGUAAUCUGACCUGUAAACUGAUCUUUUCCUUCUGCUGUAGCCGUUUCAAUUAUCAGGAAUUAAAAAAAUAUACAAUUCAAA